CUAAACUAGUACUAACAGUACUGGUACUGUGAAAUAGGAAUGUGUUACUAGAAAAUUGGUAAAGAUGGGAUCUGGAGCUAGUAAAGGAAGAGUUGAGUCUUCAAUGAGACACACAGAUGAUGAAUUGUUUAACAGUCAGAAUUCGACCAACCACAAUCCGCAAAAAUAUACCUCUACGGAUCAAACGAACCCAAAUGCUUCACUGGCUUCAUCAUUGCCGGGUAUCGUGAUAUCCGCCAAGAAACUUGCUCACAUAAAAAGAAAAGAGAAGGAUGAACGCAGACAGAAAAUACUUUGGCAAUAUCCUGAAUUAGCUGAUGCAUUGCAUUCUGCCCAAGAAUGGAUUCAGGAAAUGUCGAAAGCAAAAGAUGAUGACUUAAUGAGGAAAAAAAUGAACAUGAAUACUCGGCAGAAGUUUGAUGAUCUUUACGUUCUGUAUUUUGACUGCGAAGAAGCGGAACAUAAGAAGAUUCUUGGAGAUCAGUUAUCCAACGAUAACGCAGGUCAAAUAUGCGCUGAUUACCUAAAAACGUUAACCGAAGAUGGUAAAAAUACUCCAACUGAAGGUUAUGAUUCUGAAUGCUUGUAUACUGUGAGAUCUUUUUGUUGGAAUUAUUCCGAUGCAAGUUUGGAAUUUGCGACAGCACUUGGAAGAAUGGGGUCAUUUUCUAUUUUCAUAGCUGAUUUGAAAACGUUUAGAGAUAAGCUGAAUGAUGAAGGUAUCCGAGAAAACAUCAUACUCCCGAGUAUUUCUAUUUUACAUAAUUGUGCAAAGGCUUCUGACAACAAGAAAUAUUUUAAAAGUUUGGAUUCGGUCGAAGCCAUUUUUCCUUACACUACGAUUGACAAUCAAGAGAUAAAAAUGAUUGCAAUGAUGACAUUAUCGUACAUUAUCGAGGAAAAAGAUAAUAAUAAAAUAUCUGCUGAUGGGACUGUAAUAAGUUUAAUACUAUCGUACCUCAGAAAUUCAAUAAAUAGCAUUGAUCACAAAUAUGAAGGAUUUACAGCUUACGAAAUCGCUUCUGGAAUAAUGCACCUUGCUUCAAACGAUGAAAAUAAACUCAAGAUAGUAAACCAAGGAGUAUUACCGUUGCUAGUUAAAUUACUCCAUAAAGGCAGUGAUUCAGAAAAGGCAAUAAGCGCUAAAACUGUCUGGGUUUUAGCGUUCAGAGAAGAAAAUAAAUCCAAAAUACGAGAAGAAGAAAACAUGAUGAAACUUCUAAAGGAACUUGCUGAACAGAAAGGGGAAGCACGUGAGUCUGCUUCUGGAGCAUUAUGGGUGUUAGGUGAUGACGAACGAGUUGAAAAAAUCCGUUCUUCAUUGAAUUCUACGGUAAUAACAAGCUCGUCAUCAAUUUCCUCGUCAUUUAAAUUUAAAAAGAAGGAAAUAUUGAAAGGAAAAAGCAAGGUAAAUUUGUAUAGAUAAACUGUAAAAGCCAAACAUCACAAAAACAAUGUUCUGCGACUAAAUCAAUAAAUAUUCUGUUUUUGAUCAUAAAUUUAAAAUAGUGUGAUUUAAAAAUCGAUGAAUAAAUUCAGUUUGAAAACUACUUGAACCGGCAACAUCUGUAUAAUAUAUGAAUUGAAAGUAAAUAAAUUUGAAAUCAUUUUACCUCUUGAGUUUAAUCAGUCUGCCAAUGUGGAUACGGUUGAAUUCAAUAAUCUCCAUUUUACAUAUGAAUGGUCAUGCUCAUGGCACAUUUUUAGACACGGAGCGGAACUGUGAAUUGAUUCGUUAAAUUGUUAAUGCUCUUCUUAUUGUUCAAAUUGUUGAUGUUUUGCAAAAAUCGGUUUUUGGUCAUUUUUAAUAACUAUAUUUCACCCUAAAGUUUGCUGUUUUAUGUUCUUUCUUGUGAACACUUCUAAUGUCGUAUGGGAACCUAUUUUCCGACAAGUUCGAUUGUCGGUCUUUUUGGUGAACUCGAUGCUCAAAAUAGUCUUGCCGAUACCUUUGCGCAUUCAUGGUUAUAUAUUUGAGCUUUUUCGUUCUAUAUACUAUUUGCAGAACAGCUAAAUUUAAAUUAUUAUGCAUGUGUUCAUCCUAUUGAUUGCAUUCUUUUUGCUUCAAAUGUUGGUACGAUGCGCAUUUAUUUGUUGUGAAUUGAAUCAUGUUAACCCACUUACUUUUGUGAUUAAAUUUGGUAUUUCUUUGUCAAAAAUGUAAUGUUCAAUUUUAAUCUUUUUUAUCAAGUUAAAAAGAAUAAAUGAGAGCGAAAGAAGUCGAUACAAAAAGGGUGAUAUACAGGGAUAUAAAUAUAAUGAAGGUAGGAAUGCUGCAAUCUGAAAUUACCCUCAUUUGCUGACCUAUUAAGACUGCAAAUUUAUACGUAACAUCAGUGUUUGAUUUUAAUCCGUAAAUGUUUAUAUAAAAUGGCGACAUGUGACCAAAUUUAAUUCAAAUCAAUUUUCUUGAUAUU